GCAGCAGCAGCACAUCCCGGCCACCUUCGGGCAGCCGGGGCGGCACGGCGGGGGCGGUGACAGCCGCCCCGACCCCUCCUCUUCCCUCCUGCUCCCCGCCUCGGGCGAGAAGCGGAGCAGGGAGCGGCGGGGGGGGGGGUGCCGGGUGCCGCGGCCAUGCUGCGCGGAAUGGCGGCGGCCGCCCGGCGGAGCUGGCGCGGGGCCGCGCCGGCGACAUGGCGGCGGUGCCGCUGCUGCUGCGGGCAGGCGGGGCGGCGGAGGCAGCAGCGCUGGGUGCCCCCGGCGGGCAGCCCCAGCGGGGUGGUGGCGUACAACAGCCGCAGCCGCAGCAAGGAGCCGCUGGUGCUGGCCCGGGAGCGAGUGGCCACCUGGUACAGCUGCGGGCCCACCGUGUACGACCGGGCGCACCUCGGGCACGCCUGCUCCUAUGUUAGGUUUGAUAUAAUCCGAAGGAUACUGACUCAUUUUUUUGAAACUGAAGUUAUCAUGGUGAUGGGGAUUACAGACAUAGAUGACAAGAUCAUAAAAAGAGCCAAUGAGAUGAAUAUAUCGCCAGUAGCUCUUGCUCGCAUUUAUGAAGAAGACUUUAAGCAAGAUAUGGCUGCCUUAAAGGUCCUUCCUCCUACAGUGUACAUGAGAGUGACUGAAAACAUUCCGCAGAUAAUUUCCUUUAUAAAAACGAUAAUUGCUAAUGGACAGGCUUAUGCAACCUCGCGAGGCAAUGUUUAUUUUGAUGUUAAAUCCUGGGGAGAAAGAUACGGAGUGCUAACUGCUAUUAGUCCUGACACACAAGAUGAAGCAGUUGAUACUGAUAAACGCUAUGGUAAAGAUUUUGCGCUGUGGAAAGCUGCCAAACCUCAAGAGUUAUUCUGGACUUCUCCCUGGGGAAAAGGAAGACCUGGAUGGCACAUCGAGUGCUCCACGAUAUCAAGCGCAGUGUUCGGAAAGCAGCUGGACAUCCAUUCUGGGGGAAUAGAUCUCGCGUUUCCUCAUCAUGAAAAUGAGAUCGCGCAGUGCGAGGUGUAUCAUCAGUGCGAGCAGUGGGGGAAUUAUUUUCUGCAUUCUGGGCAUUUGCACGUUAAAGGAAGUCAAGAAAAAAUGUCCAAGUCAUUAAAAAACUACAUAACAAUUAAGGAUUUUCUGGAGAAGUCUUCAUCGGAUCAAUUCCGGAUGUUUUGUCUGCGCAGCAGGUACAGCUCAGUAGAAUUCAGUGACGAGACCAUGAAUGAUGCAAAGCACCUUCUCCAGGCAAUCUCCUCGUUUAUUAGAGAUGCAAAUGCUUAUAUAAAAGGACAGCUGGUAUGUGACCCUGUUAGAGAAGACAUACUGUGGGAAAGGCUAGCCAGCACAAAAGUAAACGUGAAGGCUGCGCUUGCAGAUGACUUUGACACCUCCAGGGCUGUUGCAGCAAUUAUGGACCUCGUUCACCAUGGCAACAGACAGCUUAAGGCUGUUACUAAGGAUGGCGGCUCUCCCAGAAGCUCUGUUGUGUAUGGAAGCAUUAUUUCCUACGUAGAAGGCGUUUUUAAGGCCCUUGGGAUGUCCUUUGAAGAACGACAGGUUGCGGCGGGAGGAGGAAACUCGGCUCUGCUUUCCAACGUGAUGGACGAGCUCGUGGGCUUCCGCACGAAGGUCCGUAAUUACGCGCUCGCUGUGCCAGAAGCAGCGGACACCGUGCAAACAGAAGAAGGUGCCAUGGGAUCAAAAGGACCAAAACAAGAGCAGAAGGAGAAGAGACAGAAGUUAAUGCAGGAGAGAAAACCUCUCCUGGAGGCUUGUGAUGGUCUGCGCGGGAACCUUGCUGCUUUUGGAAUCCACAUCAAGAGAAAUCCCCUCGUUGGCUCACAGCUUCCUCCUGGUCUCAAGAUGCUGCGUGACUUCCUCAGUGUGCGCUGCUUCUUCCACUUCUCCUGCUCCACUGCCCUUUUCAUCUCAGCUCCAUGGCGUUAGUUUGAUCUUGUUCCUCACGUGCAGGAUCACGCUCUGCUUUCUGCUCAGCAUCCUUCUCCCUCCCUGCAGUUCGUGCUGCUCCUCGCUUGUGUUUUGAGCCUCGCGCAGCCUCCUUGCGUCAUUUUACCCACGGGAGGCCAGUGAAGCACGAUGACAUUAGGGGAGAGCAGCACACAUCCCCUAUAAUUGCCGAGCGUGAGGGCUGUCACUCGUCGAUGCACUGAAUAAAAUCAAGCGCGAACUGUGGGCAGCGCUCAAGAUUUCAUGUGGAAGGGAUCCAAGCGGGGUUGGGGGCCGGAGCCCGGCCGUGGCGAGCUGCAGCUGUGAAAGCAAAGGGAGCCCAUGGGAAGCUGGAGCAUCGGCUUCCUUGUUUGUACGUCGCUAAAUCCUCAGCCUCGCUGCUCUGUCAGGAAGGCAAAUCCAAGCCGCCGCGCUGAGACAAAGUCUUGGAGAGGAGCGGCCCCGUUUGAUCCAUCUGGCCAAACAGCUGUGCCCGCCCCCCCAGCCCCUUUGAAGAUUUGUUUUGUUUUGUUCUUAAAGGGAUUUACGGAUAUUUAAUAACCUCCUAGAAAUUGGCCUUAGCCGGGAUCCAGCCGGAGUCUCCCCGGUCCCAAGCAAUGCUGCUUGUUCCCGGCUGCGAUCACUGUGGCCGUGCCCCUUUGGAGGAACUCCCCAGGUGCAGGCUGGCUCUUGGCGGUGUUUUGACCCCUGAUCCUUCCUGCGUGCUGCAGGAAGGAGCCAGCUCCCUGUUUUGGUACUGAGAGCUCCCACCUGGAGGCUGUGAUUUGCAGCAUCCAGCUUGCAGCCUUUUACCUCCUCUGGCCGGCUCACAACUCGAGCAGAACACCAGAGUUGCAUUGCUGUAGUGUGCUCGUAUGAGAUACAGCAAAGUGCUUAUUUUAUAAAGGGAAAUAUUUUACAUAAUUCCUCUUUAUUACCACUGGAGCAGUUCUUCUGCCAGCCUCACCUGGCCUUUCAUGGCAUGGCCUCAUGGCUCUUUGUUCCCAGAACUUUGUCACAGUAAGUGUGCACUAAAUGCAAGGUAUCUCAUAUAAUGAAGUGAAAUGACAUAAUUAUUUAAGCCUCACAGUUUUCACUUCAAUACAAAGAAAAUCCUACAUUGUAUUCCAGCCUUUCUUACGUUAGCUCCUUUAACAUUUUAUCUUGUUGAACAUUUAAUAUUCAGAUAAACUUUUGUCAUUUUCAACAGCUGUGGUCAAGUGACUACAUCAAAACCGAAAUUAUUGGUUUGGUUAUGAUACUCUUCCAAAAAUAUAACAUCGCACUACAGAUUCUUACAGCAACAGGCUUCUAUCCUUCUAAAAAUUCACAGAGAGGAAUGUGUUAGGCAAUAUUUUCUUGUGUACUGACCACAGAAGAGAUGUUUUCCAUGUAGGACAGCCACUUGAACAUGAGAAUAUGAUUAUGAGUGCCUAACACUGAAAAAUAUAUAUUGUUUUCUUGUAGUGAUUUUUUAAAUUAUUUUUUUCUUAACUGUGACGAAUUGUCUGGGCUUAUUUUACAACUACUGAGUGGUGGUAGUGAGGGCAUUCCUGUGAGAUGGUAUCACCACCUCUUUUC